AUGACUGAUUUUCUCAUCGUCGAAUACCAGGAUAGAAUCGGUGGGCGUCUGCAUGAGGUUGAAUUCGGGACAAAGAGCGAUGGGUCACCGUAUAUCGUCGAAGCUGGUGCAAAUUGGGUCGAGGGAUUAGGUGGUGCAGGGCACCCGGAAAAUCCGAUAUUCUCUCUGGCCAGAAAACAUGGCAUCAGUGCUCUAAAGACAGAUUAUAAAAACAAAAUGACCUACGAUAAAACCGGCAACAAAGACUACUCUAAGGUGAUGGAUAAUUUUGCAGCUGCUAUGCGAAGAGUGGUUGUCCAGGCUGGGUCUUCGCUAAAAGAAAAUGUUCAGGAUAAGACGCUCCGCGCUGCGCUUCGCCUCGUAGGUUGGAACCCGGCUCCGGAUAACUCCCAUGCACAGCUUGCAGAAUGGUUCGGCUGCGAUUUCGAGUCUAGUUAUACCCCGGAAGAGAACUCUGCAGUUUUCUCGUCUGUUGCAGACAAUGCUACAUUCGCCCACUUCUCAGAUGACAAUCUCUUCGUUUAUGAUCAGCGUGGCUAUAGUACUAUCAUUCGAGGCGAGGCGGCUACAUUUCUUACGCCCAAUGACCCCAGGCUUCUCCUAAAUACCAUCGUCACUGCCGUUAACUACACUGACGAAAGUGUGACGGUUUCAACCAAAGAUGGUACAUGCAUUGAAGCUGACUAUGUUAUUUCAACUUUUUCGCUUGGGGUAUUACAGCGUGACGUGGUAGAAUUCUACCCUCCGUUUCCUAGCUGGAAGAAAUCUGCCAUCGCGAGUUUUGAGAUAGGCACGUAUACCAAGAUAUUCCUCCAGUUUGAGAAAGCCUUCUGGCCGAACAGCCAGUAUCUACUAUGGGCCGAUCCUCGUGAAAGGGGGUAUUAUCCGUUAUUCCAGCCUCUUGAUCUACCAGGUGUGCUGCCGGGUUCGGGGAUUAUCAUGGGAACUGUUGUGAAUAGGCAUGCACACAGGGCAGAGGCCCAGACCGACCAGGAAACCCAGGAUGAGAUUAUGGAAGUGCUGAGGACAAUGUACGGAAAAGAUAUUCCAGACCCGAAAGCAAUUUACUAUCCACGUUGGAGCCAGGAACCUUGGUCCUACGGAUCUUAUUCGAAUUGGCCUCCGUCAACUAGCCUACAGGCACACCAAAACCUCCGAGCAAAUAUUGGUCGACUCUUCUUUGCUGGAGAGGCAACCAGCCAGGAAUUCUACGGGUAUUUGCAUGGUGCUUAUUACGAGGGGCGUGCAGUAGGGGAAAUGCUGGCUACAUGUAUUGAAGAGCCAGUAAAGUGUACGGAUAAGGAUGGUCAACCGCGAUACCAGACAUUGACUGGAGUAACUCCUUAUGACAUGUACAACGAGCAGCAUGGAUGGUCCGUUGACACUACAAUCUAG